AGCAAUUUUCAUUUUUCACUCAAAAGUGAAAGCAUCACUCUACCAGGACGAGAGAGAAGGAGAAAUUGGAAAGGGAGAAAGACAACAUCAAGCAGCAAAUUCGAUGCUUUGUUCCAGUGUCCGCUCCCUUAUACACUGAACAUACAUACAACAAUCAUCAACCUUCAAUUUUCAUUUCUCAAUUCCAGAAAAACCCUACUUCUCUUUUUCCGAUUAAAUCUUGCGAUCAUUUCAUGAUUUUUUCUUCCGAUCAAUCAUGGCCAAUUACUUAACUCAGUUCCAAGCUAUCAAAAACACAUGCGAUCACCUCGUCAUUGCUGUUGAAGAUGUCAGUGAUUUGUGGCCCAAUGUCAAAAACUUGUUUGAUGAGCGACUGCCAUUCAAAAGGGCUUGUUUAAAUAACAAGACUCGUAAUCCUGUGUAUUUGGAGAAAUUGCCAGCCGAAUAUAUUUUGACCACAGACUCAAGGCUCCGCAGCCGCUUUCCACAGGAGCAGUCACUAUUUUGGUUUCGGGAACCAUAUGCUACUGUGGUUCUUGUUACAUGUGAUGAUCUUGAUGAGUUUAAAUCCAUCCUCAAACCUCGAGUGAAAUUGAUUGUUCAAAAUGAUGAGAAAGAGUGGUUCAUUGUCUUUGUGAAUAGAGCUCACCCGAGCAACGAUCAAGCUACCAAGAUGGCAAAAAGGGUGUAUGCGAAGGUAGAAGUGGAAUUCAGCUCAAAGAAGAGAGAAAGGUGUUGCAAACUAGACAUACAUGGACCAGAAGCAAAUUUUUGGGAAGAUUUUGAGUCCAAGAUCAUGGAGUGUAUCCGCAAUACACUGGAUAGACGGGUUCAAUUUUACGAGGAAGAGAUUCGAAAGCUGAGUGAGCAGCGAUUCAUGCCAAUCUGGAACUUUUGUAACUUCUUUAUCCUGAAGGAAAGCUUGGCUUUUAUGUUUGAGAUGGCUCAUCUUUAUGAAGAUUCAUUACGCGAGUAUGAUGAGCUAGAGCUUUGUUACUUGGAAACAGUAAAUGUGAGUGGAAAGAGGAGGGAAUUUGGUGGAAUGGAUCAAGGUGAUGAUCAAGCUGCACUGCUACAUCCUGGAAUUAAACAACUGGCACAAUUCGUUCAAGAUGAUUCUUUUAGAGAAUUUGAGUUCCGUCAAUAUCUUUUUGCAUGUCAAGCAAAGCUUCUCUUCAAGUUGAGUCGUCCUUUUGAGGUAGCAUCCAGAGGUUAUUCAUUCAUCAUAAGCUUCUCAACGGCAUUGGCCCUCUAUGAGAGCAUAUUACCAUUCUGUUUGCGUGAAGCUUGGGUAAUAAGUGCCUGCUUGGCUUUGCUUGAUGCUACUUCUGCAAACUACAAAGAUGGACUAGUAGCCCCUGAUGUAGAAAAGGAGUUCUAUCGACUUCAGGGUGAUCUCUUUUCACUAUGCAGGGUCAAGUUUAUGAGGCUUGCUUACUUAUUGGGAUUUGGGACCGAUAUUGAAAGAAGUCCUGCAAAUAGUGCUUCUCUCAGCAUGCUGCCGUGGCCCAAACCGGCAGUUUGGCCCUUGGUUCCACCUGAUGCUUCUUCAGAAGUUCUAGAAAAAGAGAAGAUGAUUCUUCAAGCAGGUCCAGUAGUGAAGCACUUUGGUAUUCAGAAGAAGUUAUUGCCUAUUGAGCCCUCUGUUCUUCUCCGCGAAGCUAAUAGAAGAAGGGCUUCUCUAUCUGCUGGAAAUAUAUCUGAAAUGUUCGAUGGACAGUUAUAUUUUAAUGAAGGCUUAGAUGUUUCAGUAACUGCAAAUCCUCCUAGCAAAGCACCUUCACCAUCCAUGCCAAGGACUAAUUCUACUCCAGGAAAUUUUGAAGGGUCUAUUGAUCAACCUAUGAGGCUGGCAGAAAUCCAUGUUGCUGCAGAGCAUGCUUUACGGCAAACAAUUUCUAAUUCCGACCUAUGGAACUCUUUCUCAUCUAUUGAAGAAUUUGAGAAAAAAUACUUGGAACUGACAAAGGGAGCUGCUGAAAAUUACCAUCUUUCCUGGUGGAGAAGACAUGGAGUUGUUCUUGACGGUGAAAUUGCUGCUGUAUGCCAUAAGCAUGGAAAGUAUGACCUUGCCGCGAAUUCAUACGAGAAGGUCUGUGCUCUUUAUGCUGGUGAAGGUUGGCAAGACCUUUUGGCUGAAGUACUUCCAAACUUAGCUGAGUGUCAGAAGAUGCUCAAUGAUGAAGCUAGUUAUUUACAAUCUUGUGUGAGGCUACUGUCUCUGGAUAAAAGCCUCUUCUCAACCAAAGAAAGACGAGCUUUUCAGGCAGAAGUAAUUUGCCUUGCACACAGUGAAAUGAAGCAUCCAGUGCCACUUGAUGUAUCAUCUUUAAUUACUUUUUCUGGGAACCCUGGGCGGCCAUUGCAGCUUUGUGAUGGCGAUCCUGGUACUUUGUCGGUGACCGUGUGGAGUGGCUUUCCAGAUGACAUAACCCUUGAGUCAUUAAGUCUUACUCUCAUGGAAACCCACAAUGCUGAUGAAGGUGCUAAGGCCACAAGUAUCUCUGCCACGACAAUAUUGAAGCCUGGAAGGAAUAUUAUUACACUUAACCUGCCACCACAACAACCAGGUUCAUAUGUCCUGGGAGUCCUUACUGGGCAGAUUGGACACUUGAGGUUUAGGUCUCAUAGUUUUUCCAAAGGUGCUCCUGCAGACAGUGAUGAUUUCAUGAGUUAUGAGAAGCCAACUAGACCUAUCUUAAAGGUGUCCAAACCCAGAGCUCUGGUUGAUCUUACUCCCGCUGUUUCGUCACCUUUGUUAAUAAAUGAAUUGCAGUGGGUUGGAAUAAUAGUAAGACCAAUUGAUUACCCUCUCACAGGGGGUGUCUUGCACAUUGACACUGGUCCAGGUUUGGAAGUUCAAGAGUCACAAGCUAUUGAGAUGGAUAGAUAUACAUCAUCUCAUAGAAGCAUAGCUGACAUGGGAGACUCUGAUCCUGGGAAAGAAGAUUAUUCAUCUUCCAGUAUCGAAGAAUUUACACAGUUGAACCUGCAGGAUGGAAAGAUUCAGUUGCCUGAUUGGGCAAGUGAUCUAACUACUGUUUUGUGGAUUCCAGUUCGUGCUGUGAGUGAUGGAAUUACCAGAGCGGCAUCUCAGAGGCUAAGCAUUGUGGAUAUGAUGAGGACAAUGGCUCUAAAACUUGAUUUUGGAAUAUCCCACAAUCAGACGUUUGAUAGGACUCUGGCUGUCCAUUUUACUGAUCCCUUUCAUAUCAGCACCCGCGUCAUUGACAAAUGCAAUGAUGGUACCUUGCUUCUCCAGGUGGCACUGCACUCACAAGUUAAGGCUACUUUGAGUAUUCAUGAUGCUUGGCUGGAUCUUCAAGAUGGAUUUGUCCACACUUGUCAGAAUGAUCGACGGCCAGCUUCCGCUUUCUUUCCACUCACCGUGUGCCCUGCUUCAAAAGCCAGCAUGCUAUUCAGUAUAUGCUUCGGUUCUAUGGAUGCCGGAGAUGAAGCUGAGGCAUCAAGUGCAGAAAGUAUACUAAAUAUCAGUUAUAGAAUUAGUGGAGAUAGAACCAUAGGAGCCCACAUGCCUAUUAUAAAUAAAUCUGCUGUGGCUGAAAGUGUACAGCAGGAUUUGAUCUUUAAGAGUGUACUUAUUCUACAGCGACCCGUUCUGGACCCAUGCCUGGCAGUUGGCUUUCUCCCGUUUCCAUCAGAUGGCCUUAGGGUUGGCCAGCUUGUUUCUGUAAAUUGGAGGAUUGAGAGGUUAAAGGACGCGGAGGACAACAUGGUUUCUCAGAGCAAUGUGGAAGUAUUAUAUGAAGUUGACGCAAAUUCAGAAAACUGGAUGAUUGCUGGCAGAAAGCGCGGGCAUGUUUCUCUCUCCACUAAGCAAGGCUCAAGAAUUGUGAUCUCAAUCUUGUGCAUACCGUUGGUGGCUGGUUAUGUACGCCCCCCUCAUCUCGGGUUGCCAAAUAUUGAGGAGGCAAAUAUCAGUUGUAACCCCCCUGCACCACAUUUGGUCUGUGUCUUCCCUCCUUUUCUAAGUUCUUCAUAUUGUAUACCAGCGUAACUACUCAAAGGUCAUUGUUUUAUACAACGGAUUGAUUUUUGUAGUAUUUGUCAUAGAAAUUACUAGUUUGUAAUUCUUUUUGUAGUUGCACUUGUCCAUUAGGCACUAGAGCAUUUUCAGCAUUCAGAUUACCUAGUCUGUACAAUCUGUAAUUACCAUUGAUCGACACAAUAUAGAUUGAGAGAAAUUUUGUAACUUGUAAUUUUUUUUGCUUUAGUCGGUUUUAGAAAGAAAGUUUAAUGUCGUGAUCUUUUUGUUUUAGAAUUAAAUUUUCAACUUAUCACCAAUUCAAGCUUUAUUUGGGGUGCUA